ACAGCGCAAGUUGCACCUCCCUCCAGUAAAUGCCUUCUAUCCACUAUCACCAUGAAUAUUUCUGAUCUCCUCUCAAACCCCGGGCCAGAGGCGACGCCUCGUCGCUCUCCCUCGAAUCCACAUUCCAUCACAGCAGCCAGCCCUGCGAUCUCCGUCGCGAAGCUUCCAACACCUCCUCACAACACACACAAAGCCAUGCCUCGCAGGCGUCAACGACACGACCCCAGACCUAUCUGGGCUGUUCGCGAACACGAAGCGCUCGAGGCGCACCACAGAGACCAUCGUAACCAGCGCCGGCCGUCUCGAGCCCCUUCCGCGACCCCUCGACUUCAGGCGCAACCUCUUCCCUCUGCCCAACACAAUGGCAACGCGCCGCAACAACGACCGCGCGUGCCUGUCCUCGAUAGAAGACAACUUACCAGCUUUGAGCGUCCUCUCACGAACGAUAACGUCGUUUAUGACGAAACCUCGCGGCAAGUCUGCGAUCUGAUCUGGGAUAACGUCGUUAUGAGCGAACCGAUCCGUCAAGUCCUUCGAGAAGAUCCUCAUACACACCUUGAAAUUGAGGCACGUUGGGGACAGAUACUAGACAAGCAGUCCAAUGUACGUCUCCACGGGAUACAUCGAACCGAAUGCGUCGUCCAGGUUGAGGGCACAAAGUUCGAGAGUACGAUGUCACUCGAGCAGCACAAGAAGAUGAAUCAAUUCCUCAACAAAGAGGUCACGAAGGCCUUGAGCCCAGAGGUCCAAAGACCGGAGAUCACAUAUAGACAUACACACGAAGUCGACACGUUUUAUGAGCUGGACCAAGCGGGAUUUGCUUUGCUACACCCAGUGAUCAAGGCAAUCAUCCAGAGAUCAGGGCACACCCAGCGAGUUCGUGUUACGACAGAUCAGAAGACUGGCCAAAUCACCCGAAAAAUCAUCAAGCUCAAGCUGGUCAAUUUGGAGAUCAGUUCGCCUAGGACAGAGUGGGAUUAUCGGAUAGGCAUCAAUCUCGAAGUCAAUUUCCCUGGGCCCGUGGAAAGCCUGCAGCCAGCCAAGGAAGGGAUGCGGGGUGUCGAGGAACGAAGAAAGGAUCGCAUGUCUUACUCUUGGCUUGGUGCCUAUACGGUGGAUCUGACUCAAGUGACACAGUCGACCUCCAGAAACCACGAACUAGAGCUGGAACUAGACCCAGACCUUGUACUGCAAGCGGCCGACUCGAUACAAAGGGGGGAAGACAACAACAAUUAUGAGCCCCUCAUCGUUGGAUUGAUGAACAAUCUGCGAGUGCUUUCUCGAGAGAUGACCAAAGUAUAGCAACUCAGGCGUUUCUCUUAGGCUCUUAGGAGUAAUCAUUUUUUCUGUAUUUUUAUAUCUAUGAGUAGUUUAGCUUCUUUUUCUUCUGGGCCUUUGGGCCAGGAUUGGCAACGGCGUUUUGGAAGCAAAUGUUGUUUUCAGGCAUGCAGUCUCUUUGUUUAGAGACUCAUGUCGCAGCAUCUAGCCGGAGUUCGAUGCGUGACAGGAUAAUCGAGAUACCCAUUUUUGACCCUUCAGAUAUUUGGUUCCA